AUGGAUAUUUUUCAGUCACCGAACAAAUCUCCUGGAUCGGUCUUCGAACAAAUGGUCAAAGAUGCGUACUACGGAGCCAAACGACAAGCAAACCGGAGCCAGACGACGAUCGACGACAAUCGCAUGCAGGAGAUGAACCUUCCUUCGUAUGGCACGAUCGCUGAUAGCACCGAAGACCCUGGCCGUAACGUGUACGAGAUGAUUGGCUUCGACCAGAAACGGGGCCCAGUCAAAGACGUGUGGGUGGCGAACAUCGACCCGCCGACGACGAUCGACUACGAGCCGAGCGUGCGGUACGGCAAUCGCAGGCACUACAAACGGUACGGCACGCAUGACCCCCUGUACUUCAACUCGGACUUAGAAGAAGUGGCCGAAAACUACCGUUACUCGCGGAUGAACGCGCUGACCGCUCGACCGAAACACUGGGAAUACGAAAUGCUGCAGCAGGUAGCGAAAGUGAAGGGCGAAAAAGCGAUCGCCCCCUACCUAUUUGUUCACAAAGACAUGAAUCCGAGGUCGACCAAUACCAGUCUGCUGUCAGCCGCUUUGCGGACACCGUCUUAUUGGACCUAUCGCUUUCAGAAUCUGUCUUAA